AUGAAAUUUUUAGCUCUAAUCUCAGGAGGCAAAGAUUCAGUCUAUAAUAUAAUUAGAUGUGUCCAAGAAGGUCACGAACUUGUCCUAUUAGUGAAUCUAUAUCCCAAAUGUACAAUUGCAUCUCAUUCUAAUUAGAAAUUGGAAUUGAAUCUGAUAGCUUCAUGUAUCAGAGUGUUGGCACUAAUGCAAUCCAAGCUAUUGCUUAAGCUAUGGACAAACCAUUAAUGACUAGAGAAAUAUCAGGAAUACCCAAAAUUACUAAUUUAGACUAUCAAAGCAAAGAUGAAGAGAGAAUUGGAGAUGAAGUUGAAGAUCUCUAUCUUAUUUUAAAAAAAGCCUUACUUUAAUACCCUGAUAUCAAGGGAGUCAGUUCUGGAGCUAUUGCUUCCACCUAUCAGAAAUUAAGAGUUGAAGAUUGGUAAAUCUAUCCUCUAAUUGUAGUUGCAAUAGAUUAGGCUUAACAUCCCUUGCUUACUUGUGGAAUCAAGAUUAGUUUUCCUUGUUGGAUCAAAUGAUUCAAAAUAAUAUGAAUAUAAUCCUCAUUAAGAUUGCAGCCAUGGGAUUAACUCCAAAGCAUUUAGGCAAAACCAUUCAUGAAUUAUACGAUUAUUUCAAAGAAAUAGUACAAUUUUUGAUGAUAUCAUGUUUAGAAUAAAAAAUUUGGUUUUCAUCCUUGUGGAGAAGGAGGUGAGUUUGAAAGUUUUGUACUCGAUUGUCCCCUUUAUAAAAAAAGAAUUCAAAUGUAAAAUCUUGAUUUUAAUUCUCAUAGAAAUGAAACUGAAGUAAUAUGCCAUGAAGAAAAUUCUGUUGCGCCAGUUUAUUAUCUUUUAAUCAAAAAAUAUGAACUCAUUGAAAAGAAUUGA